AUGGCACAACAACAGACAGACAAUGUUAUGAGAAGGAAGCUGGUGAUAAUAGGUGAUGGUGCCUGUGGCAAAACGAGUCUUUUGAGCGUGUUUACCCUUGGCUAUUUCCCCACGGUCCCUACUGUGUUUGAAAAUUAUGUCACGGAUUGUCGCGUUGACGGCCGGUCAGUUCAGCUGGCUCUGUGGGACACUGCGGGACAGGAAGACUACGAACGUUUGCGCCCCCUGGCAUAUUCAAAGGCUCAUGUCCUCCUAAUCGCAUUCUCUGUAGAUACGCCAGAUUCUCUCGAGAACGUUCGAAAUAAGUGGAUUGAAGAAGCAAACGAGCGUUGCCCUGAUGUACCAAUUAUACUUGUGGGCCUGAAGAAAGAUCUGCGUGAAGAUCCCCAUGCAAUUGAAGAAAUGAGGAAGAAAUCCCUGCGUUUCAUCUCGCCCAAGGAAGGCCAUGAUACGGCGACCCAGAUCGGAGCAAGAAAAUACCUAGAAUGUUCAUCUCUUACCGGCGAAGGUGUGGAUGACGUUUUCGAAGCCGCAACCCGUGCAGCCCUUUUAACCUUUGAAAAGGACAGAAGCUCAUGUUGUAUAAUCUUAUGA